AUGCCGAAGGGCUCAAGACAAUAUCACGGGAAGACGAAGAACGGGUGCCGGCAGUGCAAAAAGCGCCGUGUCAAGGAAUACUGCAGUUAUCUCGGGCUACUCGCCGACACCCUCAACCGCGAUAAUGAAGGGGACAAGCCCAACGACGCCAUGAGCAUGGUCCGCCGCGCGGCCACGGUCGCUGCACAUGCGUCUUCUCGUGACUCGCUCAGCGCCUCGUUGCCUGCCGAGAGGCUCCGCGCGGACGAGGCCGAACUCAAACACCAUUUUUUGAACCAGGCCUGGUUCACCUUCUCAUUGAGAGGCGAUCCCCGUAGGUGUGAUGUCUGGUCGAGAUGGGUGCCUCAGUUAGCCACGCGCAACGUCUUCAUCCACCAGAGCAUGCUUUCCAUUGCGGCCCUCCACCUCUGCUACCUUGAGCCGCCCGACGCGAAGCGGUACUAUUCCAUGGCCUGCCAGCACGCCAUCCAGGCGAGCAACUACUUCAGGCUCGCCGUCCCGCAGGUGACGGAAGAGAACUGGCUCGCGACGUUUGUCUUCUCCAUGUGCAACGGCAUUUUCGGAUACUAUCGCCCUUUCGCCGACGAAAAGAUCAUGGGGCAGCCUGUCGCUUUUGAGCCGGCUAAAGCCCUUGUCGUGAUGCGGGUAGCGGCCAGGUUCUCUGACACGGUCACGCCGCACGUCUUCAAGAGCCCGAUCCGCGAUCGACUCGCCCAGGUGGACGUGAAAGAGUGGAUCGACAGCAACGACACGUUACUGCGGCCGUCACUGCUAAAGAUUGCCAAGUUUAAGGAGUUUGUAUCCUUGGGGCCCGAAUCGACCGGCAUACGAGCAGAGGAUGCCAAAGUAUACGUAGGGGCUCUCGGCGCGCUCAAGUCGUGGAUAACGUCGCUUCCUGGACGCCCAAGGAUAUGGAAGCAUUUCAUCCUGUGGCCCUCCUUGGUCUCGGAGGAAUACCUCUCCCUGCUGCGGCUGAAGGAGCCAGUGUCGCUCAUGCUUUUUGUCCUCUGGAUCGAGGUCAUGUUUCUCGCACCACGGAGAUGGUAUCUGAUGCACUGGUACGACCGCGGCCACGGAAGUGCCCUGCAGGAACUCGCCCGACAGACCCGUACGCCAGCCCAUCAUUUCUGGGAGACGUUGACGGACGACAGCCAAUCUGACACCAACACGGAGGAGUCAGACGCAAGCGACGGGGGUCCGUCGACUCCGUCGGACGUUCGGAGCGACGAUGGAGGUCGCCGAGGUGGCGUGUUGCUCUUGUCCACGGGGGAAGAGUUUGGAGGCAACAAAACUUGCGACGGAGUCAACUUUUUUGGGUCGCAAGGGAUGGCCCAGGAGGCGAGAUGA